AUGCAGAUCUCCAUCGCUUGCACCGAGCAGAACCUGCGGAGCCGCAGCAGCGAUGACCGGCUGUGCGGGGGCGGCGGGCGGGCGGCCACGGCGGGCGGGGGUCCCGGCCAGGGGAACAACGGCGCUUUCCAAGCCCCGGGCAAGGGGACCCGGCUGGCGGGGGGAGUCCGGGCGUCCGGGCAAACCCUGCCCCACCAGCUCGCCUUCCUCCUGCGGGAGUCCACCGGGCGAGCCACCGGCAUGAACUAUCGGAACCUUGGGAAGUCUGGUCUGCGCGUCUCCUGUCUUGGCCUCGGUACUUGGGUGACGUUUGGAUCCCAGAUCUCCGAUGAGGUGGCUGAAAACGUGCUCACCAUCGCUUACGAAAACGGGGUCAACCUCUUUGACACGGCCGAAGUUUACGCUUCUGGCAACAGAGAAACUUUGGGGAAUAUCUUGAAGAGCAAAGGAUGGAGGCGUUCCAGCUACGUGGUCACCACCAAAAUCUACUGGGGAGGCCAGGCGGAGACCGAAAGGGGCUUGUCGCGGAAACACAUCAUUGAGGUGAGAAGGGGGCUCAAAGGCUCCCUGCAGAGACUCCAGCUGGGCUACGUGGACAUCGUCUUCGCGAACCGCAUGGAUGGUAACAGCCCCAUGGAAGAGAUUGUCCGAGCCAUGACGUACGUGAUCAAUCAAGGCAUGGCCAUGUACUGGGGGACUUCUCGCUGGAGCGCCAUGGGAUUAUGGGAAGCCUACUCGGUGGCCCGGCAAUUCAACCUCAUCCCUCCUGUGUGCGAACAGGCGGAAUAUCAUAUGUUCCAGAGAGAAAAGGUGGAGACCCAGCUUCCAGAGUUGUAUCACAAGAUAGGUAUGAAGGAAGAAGGAAAAAGGGCUUGGGGCCCGCUGGCGUGUGGACUCAUCACGGGAAAAUAUGAAGAAUGUGUGCCGGAGAAACUGCCGGGCAGCCUUCAGGGCUACCAGUGGCUGAAGGAGAAGCUGCAGAGCGAAGAUGGGAAGAAGCAGCAAAGCAAGGUGAAAGCAUUGCAACCCAUCGCUGAACGCCUGGGCUGUACCGUGGCGCAGCUGGCUAUUGCCUGGUGUCUUCGCUCAGAAGGGGUCAGUUCCGUGCUCCUGGGGGUCUCUAGUGCCGAGCAGCUCAUCGAGAACCUGGGAUCCAUUCAGGUCCUCACCCAGCUGACCCCUCAAGUCAUCCAGGAAAUCGACGCCAUACUGGGGAACAAGCCCAACGCCAAGAAGGAGUCCCGGGCGUAGGAGGGCCGGCGUGCGGCCCCACCAGACUUGCCUCCCUCCUGCUCCUCCGUGGA